CCUCCAGGAUGCCAGGGGUGUGCAGGUUGCUACGUAUGCUGAUCUAUAUGGUGGUUGGCUUGAAGAGCGUUGGUAGCAGCAGCGACAUUUGGCCGCUGGAAAGACCAGAGGGAAUGCCAGCCAUACAGUCCCUUGAAGUGAUGUGCGGAAAGGAUCACAUGGACGUGCAUCUCUCGUUCUCCCAACCCUUUGAGGGCAUCGUCUCGUCCAAGGGCCAACACGCCGAUCCGCGAUGCGUCUACGUUCCACCGUCCACAGGCCAGACUUUCUUCUCCUUUCGGAUAGCCUACGCGAGAUGCGGUACCAAACCAGAUAUGCAUGGACAGUUCUACGAGAAUACCGUUGUCGUUCAGUACGACAAAGAUUUACUCGAGGUCUGGGACGAGGCCAAACGACUGCGAUGCGAAUGGUUCAACGAUUACGAAAAGACCGCUUCGAAACCGCCGAUGGUGAUCGCAGAUCUUGACGUAAUACAGUUAGACUUCAGAGGCGACAACGUGGAUUGUUGGAUGGAAAUUCAACACGGCAAGGGACCAUGGGCACCUCCGGUUUCCGGAAUAGUACCACUCGGCUCUACCCUCACCCUGGUCGUCGCCAUAAACGAUUAUCGAGGGGAAUUCGACAUGCGCGUGAAGUCGUGCGUGGCCUCUGAUGGCGGUGGACACACGAUACAGCUGAGCGACGAGUUCGGAUGCGUACUCAGGCCGAAGAUGAUCAGUCGAUUCUUGAAAGCGCGGGGCUCAGACGAUCGGGCAACGGUCAUCACUUACGCCUUCUUCCACGCGUUCAAGUUCCCGGACGCGUUGAGCGUGCACAUCAAGUGCAAGGUUGAGAUCUGUCGUCACGGAUGUUUGGAUCACUGUCAACUCAGCGGAUCCGUCGGCCACUACAUUCAAGAACGCAAGGAUCAGAUACGACCGCAGUACCCGCAGACCACAGCGCCGCCCACCGUUCACAACGAUGACGACAACAGUGCCGACAAGAAUAACGAAAACAUCGGAGGUGGAGCCGAGCAAGCUGAUGGUUCCCUUUACGACGACAUCAUUCAAGAUGGUGACGAGAUGACCUCGAUAGGGGGUCACUUCUUGGGGGUCGAAAAGUCGGUGCCUAAAGCGCAAGCGCAGACGAGUAACCGGCUACCGGCGCCAGUAGUCGAGGCACCUAACGAAGAAGUUCACUUGGACGACGCCGAUCUUUCGAGGCCAUUCGUAGAUCCACCGCGGGUGACGCGAUACGAGAGCGAGCAAGAUCAAUUCCCUCACGGUCCCCGGAAUCUCGAGGGAGACAGCGGCGCGAUACCAGUGACACCUCUCUCGUCUCCGAAUGGCAGACGAAAGAGAUCGGUCGUGGUGUCGGAUAGGAAAAUCCGUAGCGCUGACGUCGGUGUGAGCGGUUUGUACGAGGUGAUCUCGGAAGCUGAUCUAGCCUUUAGCCCGGACACUCAUGCGGAAGCAGUAACGGUCUUUCAAGGUAGAAUACGCGAGGAAGUAGUUUAUGGUAUCUGCCUGCCCAUGCCCGGUUUCAGCGCGCUGUUUAUCGUCGUGGCGCUUUCUGCAGUCAUUUCCGCGCUUGUCGCCGGCGCGAUGUUGCAUCGAUUGCAAGCGCAACGCGAGGCGGCCGACAGCAGAAAGAACAAUAGAGCAGUGCACUCGACCAACGGCUGGCUGCCUUACGGGUUGCUGCGCGUACGGUGCACAACGAGACCAGCUCAUCCGGAACAAAUUCAACAAAAACAAACGAAUCCAGUCGCCACGAGUCCCUCGGUCGAGAGAGGUUGACGAUUCGUGACUUUUGUGUCGCUAGUGGGACGCGGCUGUGUACGCUCCACGAAAGACAAUGUGCAAUAAUACGCUGUACAAAGUAUUUUAAGUGCGUCAAAUCACGUGCGACAGUUUCUUCUUACGAAUGAUUCCGAGACCAUCGUGUUCCCUUCCAGACCAUUCACCGGGUGUGCUUUAAAAUCAAGCCAAGCUCCCUCUGUGACGGACAUUUUUUUUUUUUCCCAUACAUUUCCAUCGGAACCUUCAUUUUUCCCUUUCCCUUCGUUUCCUUCUACUUCUUCCCUCUGUUUCUUCCUUUUCUUCGUCUCCUUCUUCUUCUUCUUCUUCUUCUUCUCUCACGAAGAAUCCUGCAAACGAAAGCAUUACUAAAUGAUUAUUUUCGAGAGGCAAUUAUUGGUAUUGGGUAAGUAAGGAGCAUAAUC